GAGGAGUGCGGCCUGUCUGCAUCAGAAGCCCGACAGCGCGGCUGCGUCUUCGACGCGGUGAUCAUGGGUUGGGUGCCAUGGCGAUGCUACGAUGCCGGCCUCGCAAGGGACUUUCUGGCCGAGAAGGACUGGCCUUUCUAUCGCGGCCCGGGCUGGAAGGCGAUGGACAACACGAGCGAUGCCAGUGAUAGUGGCCUGCGCAUGCCCUUGGAAGAAGUCUUGCGCGGAGAAUGGAGCACGCUCUACGUCGAGGAAGAAUUUUAUCUAUUUCAGUGCACUUACACAUGGAGAAAGACGUGGCAAGCUGCCAUGAGCGGCGGCAUGUUGGAUGGCUAUGUCGGGGAUUCGCAUCAUACCAGUCACUGCGAGAUGUUGAUCACGAAGGGGCCACACUUGGACAAAAAUGUGUACAUGAAAUAUGCUAGCUGUCCGUGGGUUCGCUCCGCUGACCGCGGCAGAUUCGGCUGGUAUAGGGUGAUCGACGGAAACAAGGUGUAUAGA